AUGAACUGUCACUUACUGUCACUUUUAUCGGUGCUUUGAAUUGCCACCUCUGCAAUUUUCCAAGCACAUCUCUGGAGAUAUGAUUUAAAGCCUGUUUAAAGGGCACCGACCUGCAUUCAAUAUGUUUCCCGAUCUCAAAAUUAUUCUAUUUUAUGGGUCGGCGCUAGGAUUUUCAGCGAUCUUAGCAGUCUGCAUAUUUCUAAUAUCCACAUCGAAAGUCUACCCCAUAAUAACAAGAAGCAAAAAAGAGAAAUACUUUGUAGAUCCUAUAAGUGGAGAGUCUGUCUCAUUCCCGAGCAUAUCAGAUCCAUCCAGUGUGCAUUUAAGUGUAAUCGUACCAGCAUACAAUGAAGAAGAAAGAUUACAACCAAUGCUAGAUGAGUGUACUGAAUUUUUAGAAAAUCGCGCCAAAAAUUCGGAUUUCAAAUAUGAAAUCAUUGUGGUCAGCGACGGAAGUAAGGAUGGAACUGUAGCAAUCGCAAAUAAAUAUUGUGAGAAAAUUGGAGUUGACAAAAUAAGAGUGCUCGAUCUGGAAACAAACAGAGGAAAAGGUGGCGCCGUUCGAUUGGGAAUGCAAAGCGCAAGAGGUGCUAUGUUGUUGUUCGCCGAUGCUGAUGGAGCCACGAGAUUCUCCGAUCUGACAAAAUUAGAAUUAAGUUUACAAGACAUUCUCAAAAGUGACUACUUGAAAAAUCCAGUAGCUGUUUCCAGAGAUCUUGGCAUAUCAAUUGGAUCUAGAGCGCACAUGGAGAAUGAUGCUGUAGCGAAUAGAAGUUUCUUUCGCACAAUAUUGAUGUACGGUUUUCACUUUUUGGUGUGGAUGUUCGCUGUUAGAGGUAUUAAGGAUACUCAAUGCGGAUUCAAGUUGUUAACUAGAAAUGCAGCUCUGAAAUGUUUCGAAAGUUUACACGUGGAGAGAUGGGCGUUUGAUGUAGAAAUGCUAUUUAUCGCACAGAAAUUGAAGAUUCCUAUUACUGAAGUGGCAGUAAAUUGGACUGAAAUUGAUGGGUCGAAGGUAACGCCAUUUUGGAGUUGGAUACAAAUGGGCAGGGAUCUUGUCCUCAUUUGGCUUAGGUAUACGAUCGGCGCAUGGAAGAUCGCUUCGCAAAAAUACAAAUGAUGAAAAUAAUAUCAUCUUUUUAUAUUUAUAGCACAUAAUAUUUUCGCGAAUAAUUUAUA